UAUAUAUUUUGUUUUAGAAAAAGGUGAAAACGUGGCUUUCUUUAAUAUGCUAUUGUACUAGGGUUUUAUCAGGGUAUAGCAAUGGAACACAAACCGCGACAUUCAAAACUGUAAUGGACAUGGCGACCAUCUCGUACAAGCCAGAGCCUCACACAAACCACUGAAAAUGAAAAGCCCAGACUCAAAAUCCGACAAAUAUCCGCCUCCGACACAUAAACUUGAAACUGAACAGUCUGAACCCGAACCCAAGAAACUGAAAAUGUCAACCACAACCACCGACGAUGACGAAGACACCAGCACCGCCACUGCGGCUCCCGAAACCAACAAAAAGCAAAGAUACAAGCGCCGCAAGAUUGCGAUAUUCUUUGCCUACUGCGGCGUAGGCUACCAAGGAAUGCAAAAGAACCCAGGUGCCAAAACCAUCGAAUCCGAUCUUGAAGAAGCGCUGUUCCUCUCCGGUGCGGUCCCGGAACAGGACCGCAACAAUCCUAAGCGCUACGACUGGGCCCGCUCUGCCCGGACUGACAAGGGGGUCAGCGCAUGUGGACAGGUUGUGUCAGGCCGGUUCUACAUCGAGCCGCCUGGCCUCGUCGAGCGGCUUAAUUCAAACCUCUCAUCUCAGAUCCGGAUAUUCGGGUACAAGCGCGUGACGGCUUCGUUUAACGCCAAGAAGUUCUGCGAUCGGAGGAGGUAUGUGUAUUUAAUACCCGUUUUUGCGCUCGAUCCCUCUUCGCAUCCCGAUAGAGAGAGCGUUUUGGCUAGUUUGGGAUCUGGGAAUGAACUCGUUAAGUGCUUGGAAUGUUCUGAGAGAGGCCGCAAGGUCGUAGGUUUAAUGGGUAAGCGUAUUUUUGAGUCUAAGGGUACUGUUGAGUCAGGCAUUACGUCGAGCAGUGGGGAUGCUAUUGAGGAAUCCAAUAUCAAAGAGGAAAGUAGGGCUUAUUUGGAAAAUGGUGAAAAUCAUAAGUUUAAUUCUGAAUCUAUAGAGGAAGCCAAGGUUGUAGAUGACAGUAGAGCUUCUGAAAUUGCUGCGGUUGAAGCUGAAAUUCCUGCCAAAAACGUGGAUACUGAUGCGAAAGUAAACCUGCAGGAGGGUGCAAAGGGAGGUGGGUAUUUUUAUGGUGAGAAGGAGAGGGAAAAUUUCAAUAGAAUUUUGAAGUAUUAUGUGGGGACUCAUAACUUCCAUAACUUCACCACCAGAACAAAAGCCGAGGACCCUGCUGCUCAGCGCUUUAUUGUUUCAUUCAACGCAAACGCUACGGUUACAGUCCAGGGUAUCGAGUUUGUCAAGUGUGAGGUUGUGGGGCAGAGCUUCAUGCUUCAUCAGAUUCGGAAGAUGAUUGGGCUUGCCGUGGCUAUCAUGAGGGAUUGUGCUCCGGAGUCACUGAUAGAAAAAGCUUUGCAGAAGGAUGUCAACAUUAACGUUCCUACUGCUCCUGAGGUUGGUUUGUACUUGGAAGAGUGCUUCUUCACGUCAUAUAACCAGAAAUGGAAAGACAGUCAUGAAGAGGUGUCCAUGAAAGCAUAUGAAGAAGAGGCAGAGGACUUCAAAAUGAAGCAUAUAUACUCUCAUAUAGCCUCAACGGAGCAUAAAGAAGGAGCCGUGGCCCUCUGGUUGCAUUCUCUCAACCACCGUAAUUAUCCAGAUUUACGUGUCGUCGGCAGUGAAGACAUAAGUGACGGGAGAUGUGGUGAAAUGGAGAACGCAGUCAACUCAUCUGCUCCAUGUAUUGGAGUUUAGGUCAAGGGAAUCACAUGAAAAUUUGACAGUUUCAUAGUUCGGUCUUACGAGGAGAGAGACCAUGCUGUAUGUUUCUCUGGAUUCAAUUUACAACACUCUCUUUCAUUGAAGAGGCCUGGACAUGGCAGCUCAAAGCAAACACGCACACCCAAGAGGCUAGAAGAGCCCCUGGCCAUGGAUUUCGUCCUCAUGGUAGACCCUGAUGACGGCUUUUUGGGUUCAAUCUGCAAAAGUUAAUUUGCAAUUUGCUUCAAUAUCUGAGUGUCACUGAAUUGCAGAGGUCUCUUUUCUAUAUCGUGAGAAUGGUGAAGCUUUUAAGCGGUGCACUUACGCUGCAGUAAAUAGGGGCUUUUAUGGUACGAGGUUUGGGGGAUGAAUAUUAUCAAGUCUGAGAUCAAAAUCAGAUCAGUAAUGUUACUCAUCAUCUUAAUUCUUAUUAUCAUUUUAUCA